GGUAGAAAAGCACUGUCACGUACAUCAGCAGUGCAGUCGGAUGUUUCGCAGCUGUAACUGACAGAAACUGUUUUAUAAAGCUCUCCCCCGCCGAUUUAUAAAGUUAGACAGCUCAUAAAGACAGACAGCUCAUUUAAAGACGUAAAGUUGACACAUAAAGGGAUAAACGAAAAAUGCAGCGGGGUGAAGAGACGAACUUGACGGAAGAAGAGAAGUACAGCACGUGUAAAGGGGGCAUACGUGUUAACAAUCCUCAUUUGGAUUCCAUGAAGGAAGACUUCCUCUACCACUUUAACCUCGGGACAUCCAGUCAUGACUUACCAGCCAUGUUUGGAGAUGUCAAAUUUGUGUGUGUAGGGGGAAGUUCGUCGAGAAUGGCGGCUUUCACUAAAUACAUUGCAAAGGAACUGGGGGAGAAGGGAGAGUACUCAAAUUUAUGCGUAGACAUCGAUCGCUACGUCAUGUACAAAGUUGGACCUGUGCUGUCCAUCAGUCAUGGAAUGGGCAUCCCAUCAAUUGCCAUCAUGUUGCAUGAGCUAAUCAAGCUGCUCUAUCACGCUCGCUGUACUGACGUUACAGUUAUCCGCCUUGGGACAUCAGGUGGAUUAGAUUUAGAGCCAGGCACCGUGGUGGUUACCAAGCGGGCGGUCGAUUCUAUGUUAAAACCCUCCUUCGAGCAGAUUAUCCUGGGCAAACCGGUUGUCAGGAACACCGAACUUGAUAGCAAACUCGCAGAGGAGCUGCUAAAGUGUGGCGAAGAGCUCGGGAAGUUCAAAACCGUCAUUGGUGACACAAUGUGCACGCUUGACUUUUAUGAAGGUCAGGGUCGGCUGGAUGGCGCCUUCUGCUCAUACACAGAGGAAGAUAAAAUGCGCUAUCUUAAGCAGAUCUGUAAGGCUGGGGUUUGUAACAUUGAGAUGGAGUCAACUGUCUUUGCGGCCAUGUGCAAACAAAGUAAUCUUCGAGCUGCUGUUGUGUGUGUGACUAUAGUGAAUAGGAUGAAAGGAGAUCAGAUCACCACCCCUCAUGAAGUCAUGGAUGAGUACCAAUCGCGCCCUCAGGUGCUGGUGGGACAUUACAUCAAAAAGAAGCUGAAUGCCUCCAAGAAAAGCUAAUUGUCCGCAGUGGCGUGUUCAACAUUUUGGGGGCCCUAAGCAAAGUCCAAGGUCCUGGGGCCCCCAACAUUGCCUAAGGUUUUUAAUUUGAAUUGCACAACAGUAAAAUUUAGAAUAUAAUUAAGUUGGACAUAUAUAAACCUGAUUUAUUUAAUUUUGAACAGCUUAACAUUAUACAAAAUUGUUACGGUUUGGUAUAAGACAAAAAAAUCUUGGUUUAAAAAAUACAAAUAGUGCCCAUUGUCCUUUUCAAAAUGAUACAGAAUCAUUCUCUAUAAAAAAUAAAGGUCUUGGUUGUACCUUAAGACAGUGGUUCACAAACCUUUUCCACCGGCCCCCUUUUUUACAGAAAAAUAUUUUCAAGCCCUCUCAGAUAUAUCCUUAGCUUGCAAAUUCCUUAUUCCUUAUAUAUGUAAUUAGUGAUGAGACAAAAUAUUAUUUAUGUAUUUUCUGCAUGAUUUAAACCUAUAUGUGGUGUAUAUCAUGUUUCUACCUAUUUCACGACGAGUGUUGAACAAAAGAUUAUGCGUGUCACUGAUCAAACAAAACUACCAAUCACAGUAAAGCCCAAAGACACAAAAGUCAACUUGACGAUCGAAUGAAUGUUGCGAAAGCAUAGAGAGAGUCGAGCGAGUGCUCAUCUCAGCACUUGCAUGUGUGAUUGCAUUUGUGCGCGCUGAGCAGACGUGUGCUUUUUCGCCCAUGAACUAGCCUAUAUAUGCGCCCUUGCAAGGAUUCUUUUCCAUGCGCAAAUAUUUUUCGGUGCGCUUACUCGCGCAUUUCUUGCUUGCGAGUUGUUUAUAUGAGUGCUUAGAUUUAGGUCUGAAUAAACGCAACAUACUUUUGAAAUUAUGCUUACCAGGCCCCCCUUUUAAUUACUCCACGCUCCCCAGUUAAGAAAACCAGUAUUUUCGUAUUUUUAUCCGUUGUCUGUUUGAUGUAUCUGGGCCGAAAUCAUUAAAUAAGGGGCUGUUUACACUUAGUAUUAAGAUGUGUUUUCAUCGAUCCGAUCACAAGUGGACGACUGAGACACAUCACGUUUACACCUGGUAUUUAAAUCCGUCUCUUUUGUCCCCUUUCGACCGCUUCUGUCCUGAAUACUGUGAGGGGGCGGUCUGUCGAGACGGUGGGCGAGUUUCUCUGCUGUCAUUCAAACGCGAGCGGGAGUAAUUAUGAGUUUAAAUGGACGCAAACUAAUAUUAUGUUGGAGUCGGCUGCUUAUUUAGCAAGUAAACAUGCUGCACAGUGUUUUGUACAUGUAUAUGUUAAAGCUUUCUCUGAAUUUUCAGCGCAAUUGAUGAAAUAAGAUCACUCAACUUUCACACGCUUUCAAAACGAAACUACGGAGAUCAGCCGCUUUAGUUUUAUAAAUGAAAGGCUAAAAAUAGCGCUGUUUACCGUAUGUUUGCACCAGAAGUCAGAAAAGACCUUAAACAUUGUAUUUAGUACCUCAGAUUAGAUAAAUGAGCGGAGGGAAGGCGGUCGCGUGUGGCUGUUCGAACACAUUCAACCACAUGUGCGUUUACAAUACAAAAGCAAUCCGAUCAAAAGGUGUUUCGACCACCUUUGAAUGUGGUUGAAAGUGGUCGAAAGUGGACGAGCUCAAAACGUUUUGAACACCAUUUACACCUGGCAUUAACGUCAUCCACUUGUGAUGCCAAGUGUAAACAGCCUCUAAGUUAACCUCUUGUGGUCAGUAGGGCCCCCCCAGGCCCGUGGGGCCCCAUGCAAUUGCAUGGUUUGUGUGGUGGGUAAACACUCCACUGGUUGUCCGCGAGCUAGAACAUUAACAAGCAUGUGUUUAUGCAGACUAGGAAACGUUAUAUGUUGUGGUUUUGUUUAUACAUUUUCUUAUGUAAAAGAAUCCAGCUCAAGUAAACCAGUAUGAAGGAAAGUAACUAAAGAAAAAACAAUACAUUUCGUUUUUCUACUGUUUAAUAAUGCAUUUAAUAGCUAAAUUUGUUUGAAAUUAUAUUGGGCAUUCUGUGCUGUCUAAAUUGUUUUAAAUACCUGAUAUUUAUUGAAUAAAAAAUGAUGGAAUUUAAUGGGUACCGUCAACUGCGUGCUUACCAUAAUUUAUUAAAUUAUUUUCUUUUGUGUUCAUCAGAAAAAAGAAAUUCAUACAGAUUUAGAACAACAUGAGGAUGAGUAAAUGAUGACUGAAUUUUCAUUUUAAAGUGAACUAUCCCUUUAAAGAGCACUUUCCAAAACUGUUUGCCUUCUUUUAUGUUUGUUACAAUUAUAGUGUUUAUAAAAUUGUACUGUAAAAUUACAGACAUCUUAAAUUUUUAUACUCUCAAAGUUUGCAAAAUGUAAACAUUGCAAACAAUUAUUUUAAUCGCAUGAAUAAAGGUUUAUGUACUGUAUUCUAUAACAUAUGAAGAUAAAUAAAAUACAACAUUUAAUAAA